AUGUUCGAUGAGGAUGGCUCUAUUCAGAACUGUAUCAGUGGUUUUGAGAAUGCCAGCCAAUCUCUACCAGCAAAGGAACUGAAAUUUGGGAUCUGCAUCUCAGAAGAACACUUUAAUCUGCCCGAAGAUAUGAGUGAGGAGGACAUGUCUGUGUUGCUGGAUUUACAGAGGUUGACUGUCCAGUUGGCGAAGAAGACAAGAAUCUGCUUUCGUGAUUCUUUCUAUCGCCUCGCGGAAAAUUCUAGGCACGACUCUGAUCGAACUCAAAAUAGUAAAGAAACCACAGAGAAGUGCGGACCAGCCACAGUUAAUAAUGGAUCAUUGAGGUCACCAGAAUCCAAAGCCAAAAAUUCGAACACAAAUGCUAUUGACAGAACAGUUGCAACUCUCAUGUUCAAUACCGUGAAAUGUUGCAAUGUUGAUGCAACCCGAAUACCCGAUCUUAUUGCUGCAAGUGAACAUCAUGGCAAUUUCAAUGUUUAUUCUGUCUAA